UAAGCUCGCCUGUGUUUAGUGUUUUGUGUGGUCGUGGCAAUUUUUACUAUAGUCACCCGACGAUCAUCAAAUAUUUCAGUAGUAAACACAACUCUCAUCGUGUAAGCACGCCAACUGUUACUCUUGGAUUUAUACUUACGGAUCGUAUACUAUCAUCACAACAGUGUUAACAAUAUUACAUUUGAUCAGUUUCGACAUGAAUCUAUCUCGGAAGCUGACAAGUCAGUUUGCCGAAAUUUGCUCCAUGAAUGUGAAAAACAUGGGUCGAACAUCAACAGCUGAUCGCAAUGGAAAGCAAAGAGAAUCAUUUGAGAAGACGUACAGCAUCGGUUCUUUGCUUGGAAGCGGUGGAUUUGGAACAGUCUACGCAGGCUCUAGGAUUUCUGACAAUUUACCGGUCGCCAUCAAGCUGGUUAACAAGGAGAAAGUGAACGACUGGGUGCAGCUCAAUGGCAGAGAAGUCCCAUUAGAAGUUAGCCUUUUGAAGCGUGUUUCAUCCAUCCAUGGUUGUAUCCGUAUGUUGGACUAUUUUGAACAACCAGACAGUUUUGUCAUUGUCAUGGAAAGGCCGGAUCCAGCCAAAGAUCUCUUUGACUUCAUCACAGAACAAGGACCUUUACCCGAAGAACUUUGCCGUCGAUUCUUCAGGCAAAUUGUGGAAACCACUAGCCGCUGUCACGAGGCUGGUGUCGUACAUAGAGACUUGAAGGAUGAAAAUAUUUUGGUUGAUCUUAAAACGGGACAUUUGAAAAUCAUAGACUUUGGAUCUGGUGCUUUCCUAAAGGAUACAGUGUACAAAGAUUUUGAUGGUACACGAGUGUACAGCCCACCUGAAUGGAUCAUGUCACACAGAUACCAUGGACGGUCAGCUACCAUCUGGUCACUUGGAAUACUACUCUUUGAUAUGGCCUGCGGUGAUAUUCCUUUUGAAAAGGACGAUGAAAUAUGCCGAGCAGAACUCUAUUUCCGCGAUGGUCUGUCGCAUUCGCUGAAGAACCUAAUUCAGUCGAUGCUUCAGGUCAAACCCCAACAUAGAUUGAACAUUGAGGACAUUCUUGACCACCCCUGGAUGCGGGAGGGUCAAUCGGACAAUGGCGGUCAGAAGAUCAUCUGCACAGGACACUCGAUGAACAGCUUGGACAAUAGCCCGUACAGCAGCACCAACUCUAGCCACGAGGAUAUCCACAAGGCUCAAACAUGCCAAUGCACAGUAUCGCACCCGUCAAACUGUUUUGUUCACAAUCGUGCUAGUGAUGUUGUUUCGCAGACAUUAUCCAGUGUUGAACUGCUUUCAAACUCUCAAGACUCAGAUUCAUCGGACUCUGGCAUUGAGGAUGGAGAAGCGAGAGACUGUCUAUUCGUCCCUGGAGCCCAACACAGCUAACAAACCUUGUUAUCCUUAACUGGACUCCUGCAACGCGCACAAUUGGAGUUCUCUACUUCCAAACGUGUUCGUUUUAUUUAUCACGUAUUCUGCCCUUACAGAUGCGGUGCUAGUGGCUGUGUUGUCGCGUUUUAUCAAGUGCAAUAUUCCCUGUUUUUUGCUAAGUGAUGUCAUGUUAUAUUUUAAAGGGGCAGUGAAGUAUUUAAGGGUGUGAAUAUUUUGACAUUUAAAGAUAAUGGUUAUUUAUUUAUAUAUGACCUCAAUGAGGCUAGGUGGAAAGAAAUUGAACAUUAUCAGAAAGAAGUUUAAGAAACCCAGUGUGUGAUAUUGAAUUUGCUGCCUCCUGCUGCAAAUAUUAAUUAUUGAAUUGUCCUCUUGAAUAACCCUUGACCCCAAUGAUGUGUGACAUAUUCCCUUUUUUGCAUAUGAAACACAAUUUUUUAUAAGAGAUAGCUAAGAAUUUGUACAUCCUGAAUGUGCCAAUUACUUGAGUUUUUUUUAAGCUUGAUGGCUAAAUGCAAUAAAUACAGCAACUCUUAAUGGUUGCCAGUAAUAUUAUUUUAAACCUUCCCAUUAUAAUAACUUUGCCCAUUUUGAUAAUUCUAUAUUGAUGCAAAUCAAAUGUUAUUUGUGUGUAAUCAAUUACAAUAUCCAUUAUGUUAAUUUCAAUAUUUCUACUUAAAAUAUAUUGAAAUAUAGUUGACCAUUGAAUAUUUCAAAAAAAUUAUCCGACGUUUUAUUAUUUUUUAAAAAUCUAUUCUGGUUCUGAAGUGCCAGACAUCUAAAUCUUACUUUUUGAAAUUCAGUUCAUGGGAAAUCUUUAACUCUUCCCAUCGGAUUUGGCAUGUUCAUUAAACUGGAAUAGAUUAAUUUAUGUUAAUGAAGCAAUUUGCAUGAGAUUUUGAUUCUUUGAUUGCUAAUUAUUGAAAUUGUCUAUUUAAUUUAUUACAUAUAUGGACUGGGUAUAUUCAGGGGCCAACAGUCAAAUAAUGGUACAUUGAAGUUUUAUGUCCUUAAUGAAUUUGAAUUUAAAUUUGUAGUGAAUUUUAUUUGUAUUUUGCAAUUAUUAUACACGUGUUUAAAUGGAAAAUGAAGUUAAGUUCCAUAAUUCAUCAAAAAUGAAGUGAAAAACUAUUACAUCAUUUGAAUUUUACCCUUUGAUUGCAUGUGCUUUUAAGAUCUCUGGCUUUUCUUACGUAAAUCCAGGGAUGUCUUGGGUAGUACAUGAAUUAAUAUGGCGCCUUUAAUAAUUUUACUCCCCUUGAUCCUUCCAAUAAUAAGAAAUCUAAGACUUAAGUCCACCGUUGUGCCUGAAACGAUUUAAGCGGUGACCAAAAAUUAGGCAUAGGUCAAAUUACAUGUGUGUCUUUAUUUCUUUUGUUUAAAUGUUUCGUGUGAAAAGAGAAAACUGAAGUCUUAUGACAUGUCCUAUUUAUUUGUCGUCACUCAAGAUACCUCAGUACCCGAAGAUUGUUGAAUUUAGUAAUAUAUUGUUCCUCAUGAAUUUUGAUGUGGGAUUAUACGUUCAAUUUUGUUAUUAAUUUAAUUGAAUUUUGUAAAUAACAGAUAUGUAUUUUUUAUAUUGUGGAAAGAAAAGAAAAAAAACUUGCAAUAAAAAUAUCAAUUAAACGGUUUGCCAGUUGGCACGAUGAAAAACUUA